GCGCGCGAUUGACUCCCAUCGUCUGAAUAAAGCACAACGCUGCUCCAUAUGCAUCUAUCAUUGUACUGAUAAAAGUGGGGAGAGUAAAACGACGAUGGAGAAGGCCUUUCUUACCGAUGGAUAUGUGCGAGAAGGGCUUUUUUUUCCAUAGUGCGUACGCAACGAGGCGAGAGCGAAUGCGUUCGCUAUGCAUUGCAACGCUAUCGACAUUUAUGUAAGAAUAAACGCGCUAAUCUACGGAGCGUAGUUUUCGCACCGUUAAAAUUACAACUUGGAUUAUAACCGACGGAAACAAUUCGAGUAAAGAUCAAAAUCUCUGUUUUACUACUGGGAACUUAUAAACGUAAUAAUAAAAGGUCCUUUAUUGAAUCUCACUUGAUUACCACGAUGAUGACAUUUACAAAUCAGCGUUUUUUAACGAAAACUCCGACGGGUGACAGUCUUACGCUCUCUUCCGCGUUUUAUUUCGCGCGGGAGUUAUUAAUAAAAGCAUCCUCGUCGCGCAUUGCGUCGCGUUGCGCUCUACACAAGGCCUUCAUAUAUGCGGCGGUUUCUUCCGCGGCGAGAUUGUCUCACGGCCUGUAAUCAGAGUCGCUAGAUCUUUCCGCCGGGGCUAAUUAGAAGCGAGGGAUGAAAGGAUUCCUGCGCGGACAAUCAACAGCAUUGCACUGUCGUAGACGUGAUGGCUGUCUUCGUUUCGGACUUUCUUGCUAAUGAAGUUAACUGGCGAUUACGUUAUCGCUCUCUCGGUUGUUUGUUACGUGGAACAUACUGUCGGAAAACUUACGUAUCAAUUAUACAUAUAGAUCUUUGCAAUAAGAAAAUUACUUUCAAAUAAUGGAGGUUUAAUUUUUUCGCGCGAAAACAAACAAACAGAAAAAAAAGAAGCUCGUGAUCGUAAAACGGUAUCGAUUCAAACGGUUCAAUUUAGAAUGAAAACAACAGAGUCGAGAGUGCAACGAACCGUAGCGAUUGUUCGUCAUAUUGCCGAUUUCCGCGUGUCGUCGUGUAAUAGUCACGUCGCCGUGCCGCUUUUACAGACGUACAUAUACCCUAUCUGCGCGCACGUGCACGAAGAGAAGACUUGCGGCGUAUUACAUGCAUAUCUAAUAACAUACGGCGCGGGUAAAUAGCUUCCGUGAAGAGCUCGCGCAUCUUCCUUUCGGAAACACUCCGAGUCGGUGUUUGACGCAUCAUUUAUUCCGUUAUUGCGAUCACACUUAUUAUGAGUAAACUCUGGGCAAAUCGAGAAUAGCAAACAGUCUGUAAAAAUCAAUCCAAGUAUAUUUUCUAUAUAAAAAAAAAAAAAUAAGUAUAAAACUUUUAUUUUGUGACUCUAUAUUCGUAGAUCGUUUGAGCAGUUAUUGCAGUCUCUGACUUUUGCUGACAUUAAAGUUAGUUGAGUCUGUAUAAUUCAACUUUCCCACGGUUCAGUUAACACCCGGUAAUUCCGAUUGAUUGUUUCCUCGCAUAAAAUCAUGUUUCUCAUAACGCGCGCGCGUUGGCGGCUGCCAAAUCAAUCUCCACGCUCUCGCGUGUUGUUACACAUAUUUCGUAACUUCAGACUCGGAAAAAAUUGAAGUAAAUAGAGAGAAGAGAUGAACGAUAUUUCCAUCAGAUUUACACACAUUUCAAUAAUCGCUGAGUAAAAUGUGUCCUUAGCUAAUCGAAAAUCAGCGAAAUCGAUUGCAAAUGAAAAUCGCAUGAUGUACAAGUCAAUUUGACGGUUAAGAUUUGUCAGAAUCUGCAAUUUCCAACAUGUCAACAAGUAGCAAUGAAUCGGACGAAGACUUUCGACAGAUUUGUGGCAAGAAGCUGCAAAUCUCGGGAUAUCGUCGCGCCGAACAUUCGGAUCUCGUGCAUUUGGAUCGUCUAAUACGUCCGGCGACUUACGAAAUCUUCGGUGACGUAAACGUGGGACGAGUCUACGAGACUUCCUGCCUCUCGAUGGUCCAGCAUAACGAGAGAUACGACAUCAUUUCGGGAAUAUGUCUCUGCAAUUAUCCCAAUGUUUCGUCCGUCCCGACAUCCGACUGGUUGACCUGGUUAAAAACGCUCUAUGGGAUCUCCACCGUGACAGAAAGAAACACGAAGUUCGUGCAUUUUCUCGCGUGGGACGAGCGCUACACGGACGAGUUCCUCAAAGAGUUGUUGAUCGCGGUCUUCGACAUCACUGUCUAUUGCCAGCACGUGAUCCUCGUGAUACCACCUCGGGUUACGCCAGCGGACGUGUUCGAGCGAGAGAUGACUAGGAUCUUGCCUGAAAACACGCGGGAUACUGACGCGCCGCAAUUUCUGUAUCUGAUCGAUCGGUAUCGGUUAUGUCCAAAGUUGAGAAUACGGAAAGUCGUAGAGGAGGACAACGACGACGUGAUAGAGAUCAUCAACGGUGAAAGGGCGCAAUCGAAAGAGUUAUACGGGGACUAUUACGUCAGCGAGAUAAUUCGUUAUCCGGACGGCCGUCGUCAAUUGAUUGUCGGCGAGGAUGCUGACGGUACCGCGCAAGGCGUUGCGUGUCUCACCUCCAAGAUCGACGUCGACACGCUGAACGAGAAUUUCGAGUUGACGCCGUACAAUGGUCUGAGGAGGCCGCACGAAAGCGACGACGCGACAAUCAGCGUUAGCGAAGUAAUUACGGAGCUUCUCCGCUCUGUUUUUUCGCGGGAAUACACGCCGCGAUUCGAUCGCAGUGCGAAAUACAAUGCAUCUUCUCGAGCGACGAAAGAGAUUGAAGACGAACAAAUCUGUGAAGUAACAAGCGAGAAGAGCAUCGGCGACGUAAUUCCGCGGCGUUUGAUGUAUCGCGGCGAAGCAAACGCCUUUAUCAUGGAGAUCUUAGCGAUGCGCGAACCAGCGAGACCCCAUUGGUCCCACGAUUUCCUGGAGGCCGCUUUCGAUUGCUUCCCGUGUUUGGAAUAUUGCGCGAUUCUCCUCCCAUCGUCGCAUCCGUGCUAUCAGUAUCUUCAAUAUUUCACGCGUGUACCGUUGAGAUACAACAAAGAUUUUCCGAUGUCGUUGUACGUCGUGCACCGAGCGGCUCUUCGCGAGAAGAUCGAGUGUCGUCGAGCUCAAGCGCGCGAUCGAGAAGCCGUGAAAGAACUUUUGUCCGUUGUAUCGACGAAGCAACUAAUCCUAACCGACUUCGAUCACGCGACGGAUCGUCUGCAGCUCGACUUCGACUGCUUCAUCUUCGAAUGCAACGACACGAUACUCGGGCUCGCUAUAUUGCGUGCUGAGAAACAAGCAAAUCGCAUCAGAAGUCAUCACCAUAUAGAAGAUUACGUAUCUGUGCGGAAUAUUCCUCACGACGGUUACGGUUGUCUUUUGCAUUUUGUUCUUACACCGAUUUUCUAUACUCAUCAUUCUUUUUUUUUCUGCGAGAUCGCGCGUCUGAGCGAAUUAACGGUAAUCUUCUCGCGUCUUCAUCAUCAAGAUGAGAGCACAUCGACUUCUCUCGCGUCUUGCCUGGACAGUAUGAUUCCGGUGAAUCCUCGCGGAUCAGCUGAAUAUGAGUUUCCAAUUAGUCCGAAACAUCUCGAUACCUUCGGAAACGACAUAAAUGAUGAAGUAAAUGAUAAUAGAUUUUCCUUAUUCGUGACAUCUCCGAGACUUGCAACGAUGCCUCGUGUCAAUAUCGAUACGAAAAUCGUUAUCGUCGGUGCGUCAGACUGCGGAAUCGCUUUCGCGGAACAUCUCGCUUUACGGUAA